AAUUGCUAGGUUUUAUGCAAAUCGCAGAGCGGCAAAAGCAAGCGGUGCACCAGUGACCAUGGUUCUCAAGACUGAACUCUGCCGCUUUAGCGGUGCAAAGAUCUACCCCGGCAAGGGAAUCAGAUUCAUUAGAUCUGAUUCUCAGGUUUUCCUGUUUGCCAACUCAAAAUGCAAGAGGUACUUCCACAACAGAUUGAAGCCUUCAAAGCUUACAUGGACUGCCAUGUACAGAAAGCAACACAAGAAGGACAUAGCUGCUGAGGCUGUGAAAAAGAGGCGCCGUACUACCAAGAAGCCUUAUUCUAGGUCUAUUGUUGGUGCUACCCUGGAAGUGAUCCAGAAAAGGAGAACUGAGAAGCCAGAAGUGCGAGAUGCUGCUAGGGAGGCUGCUCUACGUGAAAUCAAGGAGAGAAUCAAGAAAACAAAGGACGAGAAGAAGGCAAAGAAAGCAGAAACCAUGGCCAAAACUCAGAAGACACAGGGUAAGGGUAAUGUUUCCAAGGGUGCUGCUUCAAAGGGCCCUAAGCUGGGUGGUGGUGGCGGCAAGCGCUGAGUAGUUAUUUCAUAUUUGGACCAGAAAAAGUAGGAAGUUGGAUUGAUGAAGGUCUUUGUAGUAAUGUCUGGUUCCUUCUCAAUUUUGUUAGUUGUUUCAGUUCAAUGGUUUUUUAACAAUUGGUAUUUACUGGAUUGGUAGAGUUUUUGAAUUCAUCUACUUCGGGAUGAAAACAAACUUGUUAUUUAAGAAAGCUCUUUACACAGCUUCCUAUUUUUUGCUCAUGUCUGUUUUAUUGCAUGGAGAUUAUGUUCCUGGCUCUCAAGGGUUGUGCUAAGAAAUGGAAGAUUGAAUU